CGGCUGACCAGGCAGUGGAGACGGAGCCGAGAGACCCGCCGGGCGGCGGGUGUGGACGAGAGCCCUCACCUGCCUCAGCGUGCCAGCACCCUCCCUCUGCCUUCCUCAGCCAUGGUCUGGAAGAAACUGGGCUCCGGAAACUUCUCCAGCUGCCCUAACGGCUCCCGCCAGUGGAUAUGGGACGUGUUCGGUGAAUGUGCCCAGGACGGCUGGGACGAGGCCAGCGUGGGCCUGGGCUUAGUCUCCAUUCUCUGCUUCGCAGCAUCUACCUUCCCACAGUACAUCAAGGCCUGCAAGAUGGGCAACAUGGACCAGGCCCUGUCCCUGUGGUUUCUUCUGGGCUGGAUUGGUGGCGACUCCUGCAACCUCAUCGGCUCUUUCCUUGCUGACCAGCUGCCCCUGCAGACCUACACGGCGGUGUAUUACGUCCUGGCAGACCUGGUCAUGCUGUCCCUGUACUUUCAUUACAAGUAUAAGAACCGCCCCUCUCUCUUGUCUGCCCCCAUCAACUCCGUGCUCUUGUUCACUUUGGGACUGGCCUGUGCCACCCCGCUGCUGAGCAGCAUUGCCUCCAAGGCUGCCCCGCAGGAGGUCUUCAGGGGGCGGAAGCUCCUGUCUGUGGAGCCAGGCAAUAAGCCCUUCACUCGGCAGGAAAUCAUUGGCUUUGUCAUCGGCUCCAUCUCCAGCGUACUGUACCUGUUCUCCCGGCUGCCUCAGAUCCGCACCAACUUCCUGCGGAAGUCAACCCAGGGAAUCUCCUACUCGCUGUUCGCCUUGGUGAUGCUGGGGAACACGCUGUAUGGGCUGAGUGUGCUGCUCAAGAACCCCGAGGUGGGCCAGAGCGAGGGCAGCUACGUGCUGCACCACCUGCCCUGGCUCGUGGGCAGCCUGGGCGUGCUGCUGCUUGACACCAUUAUCUCCGUACAGUUCGUGGUGUACAGGAACGCCACCACGUCCCCAGAGCACCAGCCACUCCUCCCAGGCUGACCAGGACCCAGGUCAAGCCCACGUGACCAGGAUCUCCAGACGCCACACCAGGAAAAGAGAAGUGUGGGCAGCCACAGCGCUGCGGACCCUGGACCAGGCUGUGGAGGAAGCCGGGGUGGGGGCCUGGCACUCCUGACCCAGCGGCCUACCCCCACGCCUCCAAAACCUCCUGGGCUGGGCUGACUUCCUCAGGAGCAGCCCUGACUGACUCAGGAGCAAGACUGCCCCUAGGGCCAGCCUGCCGCCCCCACCCCCAUUUGGGACUCACCCCCCUUAGGGUCUGAAGCAGCUGUCUCUGGGAGCUUUGAGGGAGGGGCUGCAGCUGGCACCUCACCCCUCAAAAACCAGUGCAGCUGCCCCUAAGCUAACCUACCUCAUUCUGCUGCUCGCCCCCUGGGGAGGGACUCAGCCGUAUCCCAGGCUACCCAGGACUGUCCUGUGGGCUGCAGCCAGCCCAGUAAAUGGUACUUCCCAACGCGGCUGUCCUGUUCCUCCUUCCCAAGGUACUGGGGUCUGGGCUGCUCUGAACAGCGGUGGAUAGAGAUCUGGGCCCCACCUCCCAGGGCCUGGGUGGGGGCCUAAAAGAUCAGGCUGUGGGGGAGCCAAGCAGGAGGGGACUGAGUCUGCCAGCUAUCCUACCGGGGGCCUCUUAAUUUCAUCAACCUGCUUCUCUCUGACUGGCUCCACACCUGGUGAUGGGGACAGCUAUGAGAAUGACACUGCAACAGGGUCCCUGCACCUCGGUCCGCAGAAGGAAGCAGAUAGUUAAGGUUCAGAUCUUGGUUCUGCAUCUUAACUUCUCUGUGCCUCAGUUACUUUAUCUGUGAAAUGGAAUGACAGUGAUUACCACUUCAUAUGUCCUUAUGAGAUGGUGUAACUAUGGAGGUUAGCCCCGAAGUCUAGCACAUAGUAAGGACUCAAUAAACGUUAGCUUUGAUAAA